AUGCCUCGCAUUGUACAGAAAUCUUGCACUCUAUUUGCUGCCAUUUUUGCCUCAUAUUCUGACCUCUUUGAUGAGGAAGCAUGGCAGCAGCAAUUUGGAUUCCCUGGAUUUGAUGUGGAUCACAUCUCAAAUGUAAAAAAUGAAGAGCUCUCUGCAGUCCAUGAGUUUCUGAAGCACAUCAGAAAUCUCCCCUUGGAUGAGGCUAUAACUUAUUGGUCAAAAUCGUGCAUGGUGUUGAAGCUCAGAAUCAUGCACAACCAUGCUAUUCUUCAUGCUAGUAUCAACAUCAAGGCAAUGUAUUGGGUAGCUGCAAAGAAAGAGAAUGCAAAAUUCAUCAUGCUUAUGAUGUUUGGAUCAAAGGAGGCAGAGAUUGCAGAAAGCAUGUUUGGCAGAGCAUUUGAGGAUAAUGAGUCAGGUUGUAUUGAACAUCAGUGCAAGAAUCACUGCCAGGCAGAAACAUGCAGACUUGAGGUGAAGGGGGAACUUGAUGCCAUGUGGAAAUUGUUUGAAUCUGGCAAUGGCCAAAUUAACCUGAAAGAUGCAAAGAAGAUCUCAAACACUCUCAAGAAAUAUGAGAAGUACAUUGGUUGGGAGGCAAUAGAGCAGGAUAAGGCUGCAUUGGCAGAAUAUGAGCAGAGAAAGGGUGAGUUUGAACAGGUGCUUUUGAAGGCAGAAGCUCAGGAGGAGGAGUUAAAGAAAAACAAAAAGAGUUCAGAGUACAUCCUUGGACAUAUGAUGAAUCGAAGAAUCGCUGUUAUGGCCACUGAAGAGGAAAUAGCAGCACUCCAUGAGGACCUUGCUUCUUGGCUCAAGAGCAUUGAAAGCACAUGCAAUAGGGAGGAGGCUGAACAAUAUGACAUCGACAUCAAUCUGAGCCUUCCUUCACACCCUGAUCUUAUUGAGUGGGAGAAAUAG